AUGUACAGCGCGGAUCAGCUCCUUCUCGCCCAGGCCAUGCUUGCCGGCCAGCUGAAACUGAGCGAGCCGAGCAAUCAAGUGCAAUGUGGUUUUCCCCGCCAUUCUCAUUCCACUUUCGGGCUGCUCGCAAAGACGCUUCGUGGAGAUCACUCAGACCAUUCGUUCAUUCGCUCGUCGCCAAGUGCAAUAUCGAUAAUGUACAGCGCGGAUCAGCUCCUUCGCCCAGGCCAUGCUGCCGCCAGCUGAGCAGGCCGAGCAAAUCAAAUUUUUGUAAGUUUUCGUGACGGCCAGCGCAGGUAUUGUGGUCUCCUGCUCAGCGCGACAGUCAACGGAUAUCCGAUGUGGAAACACGGAGCAAUCGGCAGACCUGCAAAUAGGCAAACCGCCCACCAUUUCGGUGGCGCGCGUCCGUCGCGACGAUCAGACCGUUAACGGUCAGAUUGUCAGCUUGCGAACGUCGCAUCGUGGCGUCCUGGCCAACGACGUCAGGUCUGGUCGGACUGCAUCGGGACCGCAGCAAAAUGCCAUCACAGUUCAUCAAUACAAUUUCGUUUGAUUUUACUGUACUCACUUCCUGUACCCACUUUUUGUACCCUUUCAUAAUAAUGACCUAAUAAAUUACAUGUUUUAUAUAAAACUCAAUUCAACUCACCUUCAAAAGGAUAUUGGCGACUCAGUACUCCAGAAAGUGGUCCUGGAAAAAAGAUGUCAAUUAGAAAAUGCAAGUACUAGACACAAAGUUGCCACUUUAAAAGUUUAAAAGCCGUAGAACAUUCUACAGCCCUGCACCUACAGCCUACAGCAAGCUGCAGCUCUGGAGGCUCUGGAGGUCAGCUCUGGAGACCGUGCUCACAACUUCGGACCCAACAAUUUGUGA